AUGGAGAAGAGGGAGAAGCAGAAGCCGGUGGUUGGGCGUCAGCAGCUCGCAAGGAGACACGCGAUAGGGAGUGGCUCCACCUCCUCCACCUCGUCUCCUCCUCCAACUGCUGCCGCUGGUUGUAACGGGAAGGAGAGAAAAGGUGGAGAUCACAAGGCAGCAUUGAGGCAGAAGAAACUGAAGGCUAAGACCUUCAAGUGGAGAUCAAGCAACGGCGACAUGAACAGCAAGGUAGAGGCGGGGGGAUCUGAUCAGGUCUGUGAUGAUGCAGUACUCUGCUCACUGUCUACAGCCAGCUUCAGCGGCCUGGUUAGUUGGAAAAGAGUGAGGACCCUUGGGAAGGUGGCUGAGCGGUGUGAUGCUGUCGAUCCUCCAGUUCCAAGAAAAUUAAGAUCAGCCAUAAACAAGCGAGCCGGUCGAUUUGCUUCUGCAUCAUCACGUCAUGUCAAAAAGAGGCGUCAUCUUUCGGCUAUCAGUGCUCAAAUUUCAUUUGUAGACCAGGAAACAAGAUCCAAUGGAAGCUCUUUGUUUACAGAACAAGAGGAAGCAAUUGCUGAUGUUUUGCUGUCUCUAUCUCAAGUACCCUUUCAUAGUGAGCUCACAGCCGACAAGGCUAUAGCAGAUAGUUCAAACACAAAUGUUGCUUCAACUUCUUAUUCAAAAGGACCUACUAAGGAGGGUGACCAAACAGUCGUACUGCCAAGUGCUGCUAACGAACUGGCUAACCAAAGUGCCUGCAUAGAUAAAGUGGUGGAACAAACGAAUAUCGUUCCAAAUGUAAAUCCAGUGGCUGGCACUACAGAUCAAUCCAGCAACAAAACCCCACCUUUGUCAGCAACCGAGCAAAUACAGGACCUUUCUAUGGGAACUGCUGUGAAUUUGCCAAGCCCAUCUAAAGACACCUCCAAUAACAGCACGCAAAAGCAGCAGAAAGUGCAGUUUGAUGAUAGCAAAUGUUACCCUGCACAGAAGCCAGAGGCUCCUCUUUGGCCGGUAAAUUCUGAUAAAUCUGAGGGUGUGCCACAUGAGAGGGAAAAUGCCAAGAACAACAGUGCACAAGAAAUUGCACCUCUGGUUCAGACUCCAUUGCCUUGUACCCCAGCUGGGUACUUAAUAAAGCCCUCUUCAAGCAAACUGGCAGCUCGCGCCAAUACAAUUUCUGAAUCCACAAACUUCACCGCACCUGGAAAUCAGAACAAGCACCCUCUGGUGAAAAACGUGGGUGCGCCAAAGGCAUGGAAGAGAAGCAUCACCCAUGUGUACGUGAGCCAUGUGAUCCAGAUGCACGUGAACAAGGAGAAGGCCACCGCUUCUUCGUCACAAAUCCAAGCGAAGCCUGAGGAGAGACCCCUCGCCCGCUGCUCGAGGCCUCCGAACGGUGGCUUCACCACCUCGCACAAGACCGCCGCCGCCACGCGGGACGAGAAGUUCUACACGGUGCACUACGACAUGAGCGUCCCGGCUCACCAGCAGUCAUCCACUGGCAUCUGCGACGUGGGCGCCAGCCGACAGAAGAUUGUCAGUGGUGGUUCCUGGCAGAACCUGCCCGCCACGGCAUCGUCGGCGCUACCGGCGACGGCACAGCAUGUCCAGUACCUGCACCAUCAGAUGGUGCCGCGGCCGCCGCCGCCGCCGCCGCCGCGGGACGCGAUGCCGUACCCGUUCCCGCACCUCCCUUACAGCACGGGUAGUCUGGGACACGCCGCGGCGCUUCAGCAGAUGCCACAACAGUACGUGUGCAGCCCUGGGUACGGCCCGCGCGCCAGCCUCCCCGCCGCGACCUCGUCGGCGAUGAUGACGAAGCAGCUGCAGCAACUCAUGCCGACGCAGCAGCAGCAGCAGAUGAUGUGGCAGUACCUUGUGUCGCAGUACCAGGCGAGGCCGGACGCUACGCAUUCCCCGGCGUCGGUGUCGGCGGCGGCAGCGGCGUGGCACGGCAUUUCGUCAUCGCUGCGGCCGAUGGGCAUGCUUGCUCCCCCGGCGUUGACGUCGCCACCACGGCCGCCGCAGAUGGAGCUCUUCUGCGCGCCAUAUCAAGGUGGCAGGCAGCCGCAGCAGCUGAGGUUGAUGUAG